AUGCGCCUCGGGCCGGAGCCCAUCCAGGCGGCUCCUGAGUUGGCGCUACCAGGCCCACGGGCACGGCCGCCUCCGCCCGGGCAGUGUCAGUGCCCCCAGCAGCCCGGGCCCCGCUGUCGGGGAGACCUGUCCGGCCUGCCCGGCCGUGCCCUGAGCCUGGACACUGCGCCCCGUGAGCCGGCCGCCCGGACCAAGGGCGAGGAUGCCGAGCGAGGCCCGCGGCCCAGCUGCCCCGACAACCUGCGGGCAGCCGCGGCCCUGGCCGAGGGCACGGCGGUCACGCGCAGCCCGCCAGCAGGGUGCACACUUCUGGGAGGCCGCUCAGGGUGCGGGGCCAGUGGCCCCAAGACUCAGCUUGGUGUCUCUCUGAGCCGCUGCCUUCCUCCGGAGGGCGGGGCCGCGGGGACCCUGGCCACCCCACCCCCAGGUGCCAGCCAGCCACCGGCAGAGAACGAGGCGUGGCUCUGCUGGCCUGGGGGCGUGUCGGACCAGCGCGUGUGCCCGCUGUCUCUCACCGUGGGCAGACGGGAUCGGGCACACCGGGUGCGGCUGACCUCCAGGGACAGGUCUCAGGAAGGUGGCCCCACCCAGGGCCGGGGCUCCCUCAGCAGCAAGACGCGCGCCCCUCAGAGCACGCGGCGGGCGGGCGCGGAGGGGAUGCACCAGCCCGGACUCACGGCGGACCCUCCCCGGGGCCCCCUGGUCAUGGCGGCCACCAGAUGGACGCAGCCCGGCCUCCGCCCUACAGAACCGCUCGCUCUCACGUGCGGCCAGACGGCAGGCCGGGCUCAGACCCGGGGCGGGAGAGGCUCCACGCCCCAGCCGCCCCAGCCGCCCCAGCCGCCCCAGCCGCCCCCUCGCACACUUGAGCGUCCGCCUUCGCACGGCAGCAACGCUCCAGGGAAGCUCCGGCAGAUCGAAAGGGACCGGGGACCCGGGGGCCGGGCCCACCCUGAAGCCGAGAAGCGAGUGACCCAGUCACCGAGCCCCCAGCCUGGGAACCGGCAGGCUGCAGAGAGCCAGGUCCCCGUCGGGGGCAGCCAACAGCAUCCCUGCGGGACGCAGGAUCUGGGGUCCGGUGUCGACCUGAAGGAGCAGCCAGAUGCCCUGGUCCUGGGAGGCCCCGCCGAGAGCCAGGGCGCUGAGCGAGCAAUGCUGCCUAGGCCUGGACGGGACCCCAGGCUGCUGUCCCCAAACGCCCAAGUGGCGGAAGCUUCCUCCCCAGGCCCCCGAGCCGGCCACUCUACAGGGCGCAACGGGCCGCCACUCAGCGCCCAGCCCGCAGCCAGCCGCUCCGGCUCUCCCAGGGGCUGCGGAAACCCCCAGGACAAAGCCACGGCCGGGUCCUCCGGCCCCACGGAGGACCUGUCUUCUGUCUUCUGA